AUGAUGAGCAAGUAUAAUAAAAAUAAUCCCUCAGUACUUAAUAUGGCCCUUGAAGCUAUCGAUGCAUUGAAAAGCCGAAAAGGUUCCUCUGUACCUGCAAUUGUUAAAUACAUGAAGUUUGCAGGACAUACCAUAAGCGACACUAAGCGCAUGUCAGGACUUGUCCGUAAGGCUCUAAAGCUUGCAGAGAAUCAUGGUAAAGUGAAGCAAGUAAAGAAUUCAUUUAAACUGUUAAAGCGAGUCACCCAAAAAUCUAAAGCUGAGGAAAAAAUGCGGAAGAAGCAAAUUAAGGUGAAAAAGGAAAAUAAUGCAGAACGUAAAACAAAGAAAAUCAGGACUGCACGCAAAGUGCCAGUGGCUAAUGAGGUUAAAACUAAAGAUAAAAGGGAUAGAAGGACGAAUCCAGCUAAAAAAGUCAAAGCGGCAAAAAAAAUACCUGAAGUUAAUCAGACUCCUGUUAAGAGGACAAAGAAGCCUAAGACACGCAAGUCCAUUGGUACUCUUGCGCAAGGGUAUCAGGGCAAGGUAACAAAUUCAAAGACCGGUAGGUUGUUAAUUGCGGGUAGAAUCUCAAUUGGACAACACACGUCUCCAUCGAGUUCCUCUACGCCUAUUCAGGUAAAGACUAACAGCGGUCGUGUUUUAUAUAAAUAAAUAGU